AUUUUCAGAAGAGCCUGGGAAUUUCCAAUCUUGUGCAAAUUUCAUUGCGGAUUCACGUAACGCAAGGACAGGGGCAGGCCAAUCGCCAUUGCUGUUUACGGAUGGACUGUCAAUCAGAGCCUCUGGAGUAGUUGGUUUCGCAGAUUUUGUCUCUAAUUCGACGUUUUGGGGAAUUGUUUCCCCGGAAGCUGACAUUUUGUGAUAGGCGUCACUCGACAAAUGAGAUUGCCUGACACAUUUCCAAUAUCUUUUGAACCAAUCAGAUCAUUCGUACUAUUUUGUUUGGAUGAAACAUUUAUUUUUUGGAAAAUAUCAAAAACAGGGAAACUCUCGGAGAUAAUCAUGUCUGCUAUGACAUUUGGUCAGAAGAAAUUUAAUCCAACUCCACCAGAGAAGGGUAGCUUUCCAUUGGACCAUUUGGGUGAGUGCAAGGCACAGAUGGUGAAAUAUAUGAAAUGCCUCAGAACUCACAAAAAUGAAAAUUCAAAAUGUCGACUAGAAUCCAAGGAGUAUCUUCAAUGCAGGAUGGACAAUGAUUUGAUGAAAAAGGAAGAUUGGAAAAAAUUGGGACUGAAUGAUAUUGAAAAUGUAUCAAAAGAUGAAUCGGACAAUUCCAAUAAGUCUAGGUGAUGUGAUCAGUUAAGGACACCACAUAUUUUGAGGAACAGGAGCACGCUCCAACAGAGAUCUCUGCAGCGAUGGACUACAAUGAAUUUAUGGCACCUACAAAGAUAUCUUUGAUUUGUACUUGCAAUUUUUGCAAAUUCAAUUUUUAAUUUUGAAGUAUUUUAUUAUGUCAAAAUUAUUCACUAUUUCACUAAUGUUUUCCAUUGGUAUUCACAUUAAAUUGCAAAGGACCAGGUUUAGUAUGGCAAGUGAUGGCGGACUAUUUUAGAAAAAGAGAAUCUUGUUUUCCUCAUUUUUACCUAUGUAGAUUAUACAAGAGAU